UGUCCAUGUGCCGCCUGGCCAGUCUUCACCAGUGUUAGCUCUCUUGUGGGAUCCUCUCUUCUCUUCUCUUCUCCUUCCUCUCCCGCUAUAUAAACGCCAGGGUGCUCCACAACUCUUACCACUACUAAACCAAGUGUUCGGCUCCCCCUCUCCAACUCACUUUUCUCCACUAUGGCUCUUAAGGUGUCAGUCUUUCUGUUAGCAUCUUUUCUCUUGAUCAGUACUCGAGUGUCAUCAAAUGCUGAGGAACCUUUUAUGGAGGUUGCAACAGCCAGCUCUCCUCACCUAGCUCCUGCCCCAGCUCUGGCACCUCGUGUGAUCGGGGACAUCAAAGAGUGUGGCGGGGCGUGCAAAGACAGGUGCAAGCUUCACUCGCGGCAGAACGUGUGCAACCGAGCAUGCAUCACGUGCUGCAGUGUCUGCAAGUGCGUCCCACCGGGGACGUACGGCCACGCCGAAUUGUGCGGCAAGUGCUAUACCGAUUGGAAGACCCAUGGAAACCGAACCAAGUGCCCUUAGAUUUUUAGGUGGUCUAAACUUUCUUCCCUUCUGACAUCGUACCUAAUGUUUCAUUUCUAGCUAGUGUGUGAAAGAGAUUUCUAGCUCGUAUGUGGGUGAGCGAGUUGCUCAUUUCCUUGAUGUAAUCCAGUUAGGUCUGAAGAAGAGUAAAUUGUUCUUGGUGUUCUAGUUUCAAAUUA